GAGUGUGUGUUUGUGUGUUUCUUCUAUCACAAGUAGAGAAAGAAAGAUCAGAGAUUCAAGGUUAUUAUGGCUCCAAAAAGCAAAGUUCUUGUAGUAGGUGGAACUGGGUACUUGGGGAAAAGGAUUGUGAAGGCAAGCUUAGCACAAGGUCACCCUACCUUUGUCCUUCAAAGACCGGAGAUUGGCUUAGACAUCGACAAACUUCAGAUGCUCAUGUCAUUCAAGGAGCUCGGAGCCCGUCUUAUAGAAGGUUCGUUUUCAGAUCACCGGAGCCUCGUCGAUGCCGUGAAACAAGUUGAUGUUGUUAUAUGUGCCAUCUCCGGUGUUCAUUUUAGGAGUCAUAAUAUUCUUUAUCAACUCAAGCUCAUUGAGGCCAUCAAAGAAGCCGGAAAUGUCAAGAGAUUCUUGCCAUCAGAGUUUGGCAUAGACCCGGCACGUAUGGGGGAUGCACUAGAACCCGGUAGGGUUACUUUUGAUGAGAAGAUGAUAGUGAGAGAGGCAAUUGAAGCUGCCAACAUCCCCUUCACUUAUGUCUCAGCCAACUGCUUUGCUGGUUACUUUGUUGGAAACCUGUCCCAGAUGGGAACCCUCACACCUCCUAAGGGACAAGUAACCCUAUAUGGAGAUGCUAAUGUGAAAGCAAUUUUCUUGGACGAGGAUGAUAUCGCGACGUACACCAUUAAAACUAUAGAUGAUCCACGUACUUUAAAUAAAACAGUUUACCUCAGGCCGCCGGAAAACAUCCUUACACAGAGAGAGUUGAUCGGAAUUUGGGAGACAUUAAUUGGGAAGCAACUAGAGAAAUCCACUAUGUCAGAAGAAGACUUCCUUGCUUCCAUGAAAGGUAUGGAUUAUGCUGCCCAAGUUGGAGUGGGGCAUUUCUACCAUAUUUUCUAUGAAGGCUGCCUAGCAAAUUUUGAGAUUGGAAAAGGCGAAGAAGAUGCUUCAAAGUUAUAUCCAGAGGUCAAGUACACCCGAGUGGCUGAAUACCUCAAACGUUUUUUGUAGAAAAAUAUUAAUGUAAAA